AGUUGUGGUCCAAUCAUCUCUGAGCCAGGAGACCCAUCUAACCUCGUAAACUGCAGCAUAACCAGCCUCCAGCCCCACGUCAUCAACAGUUCCAGCAGUGGCGGUGGUACCCAGGUGUUCCAGCAGCGUCAUGCCCAGCAGCAGCAGCUUCAUCAGGGCAUUCAGCGGGCCAUGCAGGGUCUCCCUCCUGGCUACCAGGGCUCACAGCAACCUGGCUUCCCUGAAAACAACAACUCCUCCAACGCCCACCCUAUGGCCUGCCUGUUCCAGAACUUCCAGGGGUGUUUGCCAGACAACAGCAUUUCAGUCCCUCACUCACAGAUGAUCUCUCAGUCUGGUAUGACAUCACUUCCUGAGUCUCAGGGGAUGCUGUCACACACCCAGUUUGGUGUCAGCCAACAGGAGAUGCAACAGACUCAGGGAGAAGGGCUUCCCCCAGGGAUGCACGGCUCUGAUAGGCUACCCAGCGGAGGGGUGGAGUCUGUAGAUGCCAUCUACAGGGCUGUGGUGGAUGCGGCCAGUAAAGGAAUGCAUGUAGUCAUCACCACCACGGUUAGUGGCACUACCCAGUCCAGCCCGGUACCCACUCUCAGCACCAUGACUGCCUUCACUAACUCCGUAGGGGAGCCGGUCAGCAUCAACCACAACCUCCCUCACAGCCAUGCUGCAGUCAGCCAUAGUGGCCACCGGGUGGCGCACCAGGAGGUGGAGCAGACACCGACCCUGAGCCAACAGCCCAGACCCAGGCAGGUCAGAGCAGGACGGCCCCAGAAGCACUCUGGUCAGGGGAAGAGUACUGUUAGCAUCCCCGAGGGUCAGGGUGCACUUCCAGAGGCCUCCCACCAGGACUACUUCAGAUCCCCAGGCCAUGGCACCCCCAGGGGGCAGUGGGAAGGCGAGACCGGGUACUCUGGAAGUCUGGACAGAGGUCACACGGCAUGGGGCGGUGAGGAGUUCCUAGAGUGCUCCACUCAUGUCCGCAGCAGCCCCUGUAUGGAGAGACCUGGGAGUCUAGCUCCUGCACCCCCCUGUCCAGCCGACAGCUCCCCCCACGAAGGUCACCACCACUCUCUCCCCGCCCCCUCAGACAAGGCCUUCCUGGAGGAUGGAUUCAACCGCUUCAACAACUGCAACCGGACGGCCGUGAACAUCGUUAACUACAAAGAGAGGUUGGAUCAGACUGUGGAGAGAUGCGCCCAUAUGAACGGAGGGUGGCGUCGGACCCCCCCAGGUCCAGUUCUCUCUACGGGGGUACGGUGUGUCUGACCCCCUCGGCCCCCCCAGACAGGGGGACCUAACCGGGGACGACCAGUCUCCCAGCUCCUCCACCAGCCUGGAGGGUCCGUUGGUUAAAGAGUACGUGGGCCACUACAACGGGCACUUUAACGGAGGCUGUGCCCCCAGCCCGUCUGACACCAAGUCCCUGAGCAGCGAGGAGGACCUUAGGCAGCCGGACAGCCCGUCGUCAGAGAUGCUCCACUAUAGACCCAGGACGUUUAACAUGGGGGAUCUGGUCUGGGGUCAGGGCUUUAAAGGGUUCCCAUCCUGGCCUGGUAAACUGUCAGGGGAGGAGGCGGGGCACAACCAUCACCAUGGCAGCCUGCAGCUCAGAGAGGACAGCAAGGUGGAGACGGAGAAGCUGAAAACACUGACACAUGACCUAGAGGCCCUUGACAGAGCGACCAAGAGGAACCGAAAAGCUGGGAAGUUGAAUAAUCAUUUAGAAGCUGCUAUACAUGAGGCCAUGAGUGAGCUGGACAAGAUGUCAGGGACUGUCCAUCAGAUCCCUUCCAGAGACAGACAGGUGAAGCUGCCCAAGCCCAAGAGGAGAAAGAUCUCCAGAUAACAUUGAAUGUGUUUGGUCAGCUAAUGACAGUCCAGUAUCUAGCCAGUGCCCAGCCUUGGAACAACGGUUCAGACCGCCCCGCCGCGACCUUUGAACUCCAACCAGGUGCUACAAUAUGGAUAGUAGUGGUACAUUAUCGUCCCACGACCUCCGUAGCUGACUGACAUUGAAAGUCCUGGAAAAGCCAAACACAAAUAUUACAGUUUUGAAUUUCAACUGUAAAAACCAACGGUUGUAAUGUGUCUACAGCUAGCUGAAUGACAACUAUUUUUUCUAGAAUAACAUAUUUAAAAAACCAACUGAUAAAUAGAAGAAAAAUACUACAUUUGAAAGAAAAUAGACAGUCCAAAUAUUUCUGAUACAUUUUCAAUAUGUAUAUAGGUAAUACGGAAGAUUUCAUGAAUAUUAAGAAACGUAUGUAAAUAUUGUACACUGGUGAUGUACAACAUACUUAAUAAUGCACAUGUGAACUUGUAUUGUACAAAGCAGCAGCAGCAGAAGGGCACCGAUGUCCUGGUUUUUCUUCAACACACACUGUCAUUCUGACUGUAUGCAAAGGGACAUGUAAAGACGAGAUCCAGCCGGAAGCUUUUAUAUGGGGAUGUUAUAGACCUGCUGUUUAUUGGCUUGACCAGCAGGGUCUGUAUUCAGAAAGCAUUCGAGGAGUAGGAGUGCUGAUCACAGAUCAGUUUCACUUUUAAUAUUAUAAUGAAUAAGAUGACAUAUACAGAUGGGGGCCUGCUACUAGAUCAUCACAGGCAGUAGAAUCAGGUCUAAGAGGGGCGAGACUGAUCCUAGUUCAGCACCCCCAACUCUGAGACGCUUUCUGAAUCCAGACCCAGGAGAAACGGGCUUCACUUCAACACCACUAAGUGUUUGUUCAUUUUAUGUGUUUUAAAAACAGAGUGAACUUUACCAGCUGAAAGUCUUUCUGUUUCUACGGUUACCAGAGAAAAAGGAUGACUGGAAUGAAGCAUCCUUCUAAUUCCAGGAUCUCAACCUACUAAAACCACAGACUGUUGUCAAAUACCAGUCAGCUGUUUUUGCAUCAUUUAGAUUUCUUUUUGAUGUUUUUGAUAUUUUUCUUAAUAUCAUUUUCAAAUAGUGUCAUCAUUUUAUCACACAGCUAUAGCUUUAGAUCGCGUAACCAACCACAAGCAUAGAUGCCGUAUGUUACUAUGACGUAAGAGUGGAUUGUGAAAAUAACACUAACUGCCUGAGGUAAAAUGGUGGAAAAGAGUUCAUCCUACAAUUUAGGGGCCUUAUGUGUAGUUUAUUUGUUAUAAAUUAUUUAUGUACAGUAUUUCAUAUUUAUUUUAAGCUUUACAAUAUUCUAGAUGGCAAUAAUACAACCGAGAGUUAUAAACUCAAAGCCUUACGUGUUUAUUUUACACAGAAAUAGCCUAUAUGCUGUAUUCAGUUUAGCCAUUAACCUGACUGUUUUCCAGUUUGAUUUGAAAUGUGUUCUUUUUGGAUCCCUUGACGUUGUGUACUACUGUGUUUUUCCCUUCUGCUAGCUAUCUCUUCUGUAGUGUUUGUUACAGUAGAUCAUGUCCUGAAGAGGUCAUUGACUGCCUCCUUCCAGAAAGUUAAGGUUGCGUAUCUCCAGUCUCUGGGGACCAUGCUUAUUUAUAAGCAUAAGGUCUGAAAAGGCUUCACUAUAUAUUUAGGCAGCAUGCGAUCUUUGAAAAAAUAAUAAUAAUUCAGAAUCAACUUUUAACGACCUAAGUGAUUCAUUAAAAUCAGUGCAGAUAAGUACAAUAAUAGUUUAAAGGAUAGAAGAAACGUUUCAAAUGGAUAAUGGGCAGUAUGUCAUAUUAGUAUGGAAAGAAAGAAGUGUUGGUUUGGGCCUUCAGGCCGAGCCCUGUCGGUUUGGUACUUCAGGCCGAGCCCUGUCGGUUUGGGCCUUCAGGCCGAGCCCUGACGGUUUGGGACUUCAGUCCGAGCCCUGUCGGUUUGGGACUUCAGGCCGAGCCCUGUCGGUUUGGGCCUUCAGGCCGAGCCCUGUCGGUUUGGGCCUUCAGGCCGGGCCCUGUCGGUUUGGGCCUUCAGGCCGGGUGCUGUCGGUUUGGGCCUUCAGGCCGGGCCCUGUCGGUUUGGGCCUUCAGGCCGGGUGCUGUCAUGGGGUUGUUUAGUGGAGAAAUCACUACUGAAUACAAUUCCAAUAGAAGUGUGUUAAUCGGAGACUGUCUGCAUAUAGAACGGCUUCACUACGUUUCGUGCUGAUGAGAUUUGGAUGCUUUUUAUUGCCCCAUUGAAAACAGACUUGUUAUAUUCACUACAGCGUGUUGUGUGCAAUUCAAAUAAGUCACAUCAUAAAUCAUUAAAUCAACUUCAGAACGGCAAUCUUUAAAAAAAAUUUAAAAAAUGAUCUGUGUAUCCGUUCAUAUUACAAACCAUGUCUAGAUGGAUCAACUGUAAUUCACUCCAGACAGAAAAGUAUUUCACUCUACUUCUAGAAAAGUAUUCAUGCUUUUUAAUGAAGCUUUUCACAAAUACUCUUGAGAGCAGUCAAGAGAACACGUGAAGUUCAUUCUGCCCUUGUGCAAUGACCGAGAGACCCAGUCAGUCUCGUGUUCAAACCCCAUGUUGUAUAAUGUCUUUUCACUUUUACCUUUCUGUUGUCGGUCAAAUGGUCAGUGCAGCACAAUUUAUUCACACGUGUGUGUGUGUUUUAUUUUUGGAGGUGUGUGUGUGUGUGUGUGUGUGCUGUUUUUCUUACCCUUGCUUGCUCUUUGAGUCUUUAUUUGUGUGUUUUUAACAUGUUGCUGUUGUCAGUGUUGGUUUUUCCACAUGUAACUAAGUUUUCUCACUAAUGUAUAUGUGUGUGUGUGUGUGUGUGUGUGUGUGUGUGUGUGUACUUUACAAAAGUAGACUACUUUGUAAAGUGUGUUGUGCAUUUGAUGUCAUUUGUUGCAUUGUGGGUGCUAGGACAAAUAGUGUGAAGUCCCAUGUUUUCUCAUUGUUUGGCGUUGUCUAUUAUUUCAUGUAAGCAGCCGUUUUUUAUUGUGUAAAUAUUGUAAACAUGACAGGUCAUACAGUGAUGUAACAUUUGAACAAUGUUGCACAGAUGUUUUAAGAUAGUAAAAACUGUUCACUCCUACUUGAA